AUGCAGGGUGUAAGGCGAGAGGAAAUGGACAUCAACGUACUUCUGCAGCGGCAGAUGGAACUCCAUGGCACGCUCCGUCGUCCACCACACACUCCUGCACAGUUGCAAGAAACCCAUGAAACGUUGAAGGAGCUGUCCAGCUUCUUUGAGGUUGUAAGGCGCACGGCACAAACACUUCGUGUGCAGCCGGAGACUGUUUUUCAGUGUCUUAUGCAGAUUGGUCUGGGCAGUGUUGUCAGUUUUGACCGACAACGGCGGGAUGGUGAGGUUCCUAUGCAUCAGGCAAAAGUUUUGGCACGCGCCAGUGCUUUGGAGUUGGAACCACGAUUGCGUGACGUGCUCCCUGUUGAAACUCUGAGUGAAAUGGUUGAACUAAGUAAAUCAACACGUACCCUUAUGCGCAUUAAGGUGGAGGAUUUGAAUGACUUUAAUAUAACCGAGAAGGCACUACAGCAGGCAGUGGAGUAUCUGGACUUUAUCAAAGCUGCCUCGUCUGGCUCGCCGGAUAUGAUGUUCAAGUUUUACAUGGUGGAGGAUGAGGCUUCCCUCGUGGCCAUGUUGGGUUGCUCCGGAUCAAGUGCAUCUCGUGGACUUUCCGAAAGUGCUGGUAAAUGCUCCGUUGCUGGUGCCGACGGGGAGUCAAUUGAUCGCUAUUUGCCGGAUGAGGCAAAUAUAGAACAAGAGGUGCGUCGCUUGGCACUUGUGUGCGGGGCCACGUCGGAAGGGGCGGGUGAGCGGCUUAUUGCUCUGCGGACUCUGGAGAACUGGCUGAGUGCCAUGCCAGAUGACUACUUCAAUCGCAACAUUCGUAAGGUUAUUUCACACCUCUCCGGUCCUCUGUCCGUUUGCGCUGGUGAAAAGCGUUCUGCCAUAUGCCGACAGGCCUGUGCUAUUAUUGUCAUCGUUGCAGAAAGGGCCUCAACCUCGUUGUUUAGUGAGGGACCACUGGUAGUGGCUGCGGGAAAGUGGUGUUCAGUGCUGCUUCGUGGUGUGUUUGUUACGGUAUCUGCCAUUGCACACGCAUCGGAUACGGCCGUUCGGGCAUUGGCGAUUGGCAGCGGUGGCCACACAGCCGUUGUGAAAAGUGCCGUUGAGGGGCUUGUGGGCGGAACUCAUCCAGAGCUUCGGCGGAAGUGUUUGGGUUAUAUAGCGCUCUGCACUGUUGUGUCUCGUGGGGGAAAAUGCAGGAAAGCAGGCAACAAUAGUGCGGAGGUGGCUGCGCAUUCCCCUGAUGAUCUCACCCGGUUGGCUGAGCAAUACAUGAGCAAGGGGGAUACUAGUUGUAGAAGGAUGGCGAGAGCACUGUAUAUCGUUCUUAAGCACUUUAACGGUUCGUCGAUUGCAGUAUCGGACAAAAAGAUAGAGUUGCUAGUUCAACAGGAAUAUGCAGAACUUAAACCUCUUCUGGAUAAUGUGAAGGCAUUCGAGUCGGCAUUGUUCGGUUCUUCAACUCAGCAGCGGAAUUCCGUUACCAGCACAACUACCGUUGUCCCUUCUCUCAAUGCUGUGUGUACUCGUUCGGCAAGAAGCAGUAUGAGCGUUUCCGCACCCAAUUCAGGAGGGUCUCCGCAAACAACUGCACAUCAAAAUGAGGAAGCAGAAGGCGAAACACUGGCCAUACACGACACGACAGAUGUUAUUUUAGUCAGUAAUGGGCAGUUAGAGUCUUCACAGACAGGCCCAUCGGAGGAUGAUGAGACACAAAACUACAAUCGGUCGUCCCUUGCUAGCACAGCAACACCGGGCCUACGGCAAGCGCGUCACCAGCCCUCACCCUUGGCACUGAAGUUUAAAACAACGGAAUCGCGUGAAACAAAUUCAGUGAAGUUUACUCCCUCCUUGCAAAGAAAAAUUGACAGCUUUUGUGCGAGGAGUGCUUCGUAG